GCUUGUUGUUUGGGGAUUCUUUGUGUCAUUUUGCUGUUGGGCAUCAUAGCAGUCUGUGUCUACACAUCUCUGCAAACUCUCAGAAGAUGAAAACUUGAGGAUCCACAACAAUCUGUCCGUCCAGUUUCACAAUCUGACACAAGGCUAUACUGUCUUAGAAAGUAAGAUUGUAAAACUGACUGCAGAAAACCAGAACCUGACAUCACAAAACCAGCAGCUGGAGUCACAGAGGAACAACUUAACAGAACAAAUACGAAACAUGGAGACAAAGUGGAAUGAGCUCAAUGUCAGUCGAGCUCAGUGGAGCAUUGAUGCCUACUGCCCAAAACCACAAAACCAAAACAGACAGUGUAAAGCUUGUCAGGGUGGCUGGUUACUCUCCCAGUCCAGCUGCUAUGGGAUUAAUAACCCUGAUGUUUCUGGUCAGAAAACCUGGGAAGAAGCUCGAGAAAACUGCAGAGGAAAGAUUUCAGAUUUGGUUGUUAUAGUUGAUCAAACGGAAAAGACAUUCAUCAGUAAAAACAGUUGGAGCAGUUCAGGAACCAAGGGAUACUGGAUUGGCCUGAGAGCUGAAGAUGGGAAAUGGAAGUGGGUCGAUGGAAGUGAUCUGACUGAAAACUCCUGGAUACAACAACCUGCUACCAACGGUCAGUGUGUAAUUUCUGUAGAGAAAGAAGGAUGGAAAUCAGUGAGCUGUGGUGACAGAAACAGAUGGAUCUGCAAAAAGAAGGCUUUAUCUCUUUAAACACUGCAGUCAUACUUGAGAAGGUUACUGGGGACUCUGUAACGAUUCAUUACAGAUAAGACAAUAUUAACCGGCUUAUAAAUAUUAAAGUACAAAGAUUUUUUUAACUCUUGUUUUUCAAAACACAAUUUAUUUAAAAUAUUUUUACAUUUUAAUAGAAACAAGCAAAUAACUUAUUACUAGUAAAAAAGAUUAUAAACCUGUUUGUGUAUUGCUGUUUGUGUUUCACUGCAGAAAAACAGACACUCAGAUCUAAUGUAUAUGAGCAGUUAAAUAAUGGAUUAUAUUGAUUCUGUGAAUCUGACUGCUGACACCAGUUACUGAAUGUGCUUUUCUUCUGCUUUGUUAGAGAUGCAGUGCUUAUGAUUUGUGCAGUAAAGAUCUCCAGUUUAUUCCCAUUUUUAUUUACCCCUUCCACCUAUCCUCACAUCCUCACUUUCUUUCCUUCUUUUCAUAUCACUGAUUGGUUCUUGCUUUCACCUUUCAUCUCUCCUCGUUCACCUGUUCACACUUUGUUUAGGGACCGCACUCCUUUUCACUCACUCUUUGACUUUCACAUUUCUUUUUUCUCAAAUUAUUAUUUAAAUUUAUUCUUGAAAUGAGAACACAUCAUUGACAUCAAUAGAUGCCACAUGCCCAUUUAAAGAGGUUACUUCCUCAAUUAAAAGACACAAAACAGUAAUAAUAAUGUAUAAUGUACUUCGCAUACAUCUAAGACAAGGAAAAAGGAUCUCAUAACGGGUAAAAAACGUAAACGUAAAUGUACGAGCUUCACUGUGGUUUGCAGAGGUCCACAGCUAUGGAAUGAAAUUGAUUAUACUAUAAAAAUACUACAAAAGGACCUUAAGACGGCAGCUACUAGAAAUAGAUGUUCAAGCUACAAUUACUUAAUGGCUGGGGACAACAUUUAGAUGAUGAUUUGUUUUUUGAUUGUGGAAUCUGUUUAAAAUGUACUGCAAAUCUUAUUUAUCAGAGUUUCUAUUCAAUGUACGUUUACCUACCUAAUUAAUGAUGGACUGAUACAAAUUUUUAUAUUCUUGUCUGUUUGUUUAGGGACCACUAGGAUUACGGUAGCUUAGUUUUUAGGGUAUUAUGUUGGUACAUUUUUGGAAUACUUAAUUGUAGUAUAUAUUUAGAUAAUAUCUUAAUAGUUUGUAUAUAUGUUAAAUUAUUUCCUUACUUUCUGGGCCCUUAGAUACAAGCUUGAGAUAGCUUAUAUGGGUGUCACUAUUCACAAAUCAGUAUAAGUUUUAUGAUUGUACUUGUAAUAUAAUGUCUUGUUGUUGUGAAUAAAGUAUUGAAUGAA